AUGGGAAAGUGUGGCAAGGGUACCGGUUCCUUCGGCUUGCGCAACAAGAAGAGCCACAAGAUGUGCGAAAGGUGCGGCAAGCACUCUUUCCAUAUCCAAAAGCAGAGAUGCGCUUCUUGUGGAUUCCCAGAUGCUAAGAUGCGCCGCUACAACUGGUCGGCGAAGGCCUUGCGUCGCCGCACGACUGGUACCGGUCGUACGCGCCAUAUGCGGAGCGUUGCUCGCCACUUCAAGUCCGGCUUCAAGUCUGUUUCCGUCUAA